AGAAAAAUCAAAAAAUCAAAAAAAAAAAUCAAAAAUCCCCAAAUCGAGUGAGCGCCCGAAGAGCGUCCCCCAAAUUCGAAGAAGUCCGACUGCGAAAAACAAACUCUCUUACAAUUUUUUCAAAAACAAAUUUGUGGAUAAUUCGUUUUUUAUUUCUCGUCUUCUUGGGUUUAUUUGGGUUUCUGGGAUUUGUCUAACUUCGCUUGUUUGAUCCUUCGUUAUUUUUUUCCUUCCUGGGCUUGGCUUCGUGUGAGUUCGCACGUGCGACAUCGGCUGUUUUUUUUUUUUUUUAAUUGCUCCGUUCUUACUGCGUUUUUGAAGAUUCGAUCAUCGUAACGUUUUUUGUAUUCGUGACCGUUUGUGUGAGGGAGUGAAUUAUUUUUAUUGCUGGGUUGUGCUCUUUGCGGCUGAAGUUUGCUACUUCUGUGAAUCAUUUGCAAGGACAUUUUCACGGUGCUAAGGUGUUAAAGAGAUCAUCUGAAGAAUAAUUUUGAAGAGCAGGAGAUGAACUUUCGAUCAUCUGGAUUCUCUGGGACACAAGAGUUAUGCAGUGUCUGUUAGUGCUAGUUGCAAGAAGUUUUAGGAGAAGGCGACGCAAAUUUAAGAGAUAACAUGAAUGUUCAGGCUCACAUGUCGGGACAGGUUCCGAAUCAAGGGACUAUGCCCCAGAAUAAUGGCAACUCUCAAAUGCAGCAGAAUUUGGUUGGUGCUGCUACUGGUGCUGUUACUGCUCCCGGUGCUAGUACUGGUGUAGUAGGGCCUUCACGAAACAUCAUUGGUGCCAUGGAUCAUGAGGUUCAGAAACUUCGACAAUACAUGCAAACUCUUGUAUUUACCAUGUUACAGCAACGGCAACCAUCUCCAACUGAUGCUGCAUCAAGGGCAAAGUAUAUUGAUGUUGCUAAACGUAUAGAAGACGGGCUUUUUAAGAUGGCUACCUCAAAGGAUGAUUAUAUGAACCGCUCAACCCUUGAACUUCGGAUUACAAGCCUAAUAAAAGGCAGACCUGUAAAUAACUACAGUCAGCGACAUGCUAAUUCUUCUUCGGUUGGAACGAUGAUACCUACUCCAGGAUUAUCACACACUGCGGGUAAUCCUAAUUCGAUGGUUACAUCCUCUGUUGAUGCUACAGUAGCUGGCAACACCAACAUCACAAGCACAGCCGUGAACACUGGAAGCCCUCUAAUUGCUGGUGGGGUGCAUAGAGGUAAUAUGUCUAAUGGAUUCCAGCAUUCUUCGAGAAACUUUUCUCUUGGUUCUGGAGGGAAAAUGGCUUCCAUGGGUUCUCAGAGAAGUACUAGCCAGAUGAUUCCGACACCCGGGUUUGUGAACAGUGCUAGUAAUAACAACGGUGGUGGAUUUUCUGCUGAGCCCACAAUGAUACCUCAGUCGCAGCAGCAGCAGCAACAACAAAGGCAGCAUACAGGUGGGCAAAAUAGUCACACGUUGUCCAACCAAAUGGCUGCUGGCCUUAGACCUGACAUACAACCAAAGCCGUCUGGGGUGGCCAAUAGCUCUGUAAAUGGUACUGUUGGAGUGAACGAAAAAAGUGUAGACUCAGGUUCAUCUUACACCAAUGCGUCCAAAAAACUACAGCAGGGGGAAGGUUAUAGCACAACAAAUCCUGACCCCUUCCAUGGAGCUAUAACAUCGGUUGGGACGGUGACAAAUGCUCAAAAUAUCAAACCAGCAAGUUUCCAGUCGGUGUCCAGAGUUAACUCUUCUCUGUCACAUCAACAACAAUUUCAGCAACCGCCUAAUCGAUCCCAGCAACAACCAAAUCAGAUUCAACAGCAGCAGCAGCAAUUUCUCAAUCAAAGGAAAUUGAAGCAGCAAAUCCUGCAGCAACAUAGAUUAGCAAGUAAUGAUGGCUUGGGGAAAGCUCAGGUGGAUUCUGACAUGAUUACAAAUGUGAAACAUGAGCCUGGAAUGGAGAACCAGAAUCAAGCUAUGCACUCCCAAGCAUCUGAACGAUUCCAGCUUUCUCAGCUCCAGAAUCAAUAUCAAAAGUCUGGAGAAGACUGUCAUGCAGACGCUCAGCCUCUCCCAGUCAAAAGUCAGAGUGAUAUAUGCACAUCACUCCCUCAAAAUAGCCAACAGAUUCAGCAAAUGCUUCACCCUCAGAAUAUAGGUACUGAUUCUAUCAACAGUUUUAGCAAUCUUGCUGUUGGAGUAAAAUCAGAAUCCAACCCACGAGGUCAGUGGCCUUCCCAGUCUCAGGAACACACGCAAAUGCCUAAUGCUAUCUCAAGUGAAAAGCACAUUCAGCAGGAUUUCCACCAAAGAAUUACCGGAUCUGAUGAAGCUCAACCUAAUAAUUUGACUGGAGGGUGUGUUAUUGGUCAAAAUCAUACUUCUAGUAUAUCAGAAUCCCCUAAUAUGCAAAAUUCUGUCGGUACGACAUGUACAUAUGGUAAAAUAAGUCGCGAUCCCAAGUUCCGAAAUCAACAGAGAUGGCUCCUGUUUCUACGUCAUGCACGGAGUUGCAAACCGCCAGGAGGGAAGUGCCAAGAUCGAAAUUGUGUAACGGUUCAGAAACUAUGGAGUCACAUGGACAAUUGUUCUGAACCAAAGUGUCCGUAUCCCCGUUGUCUUCCCACAAAGGAAUUGAUUGGCCACUAUAAAAACUGCAAGGAUCCUCGAUGCCCGGUCUGUGUGCCUGUGAAGACCUAUCAGCAACAAGCUAAUGUGCAAGCCCUGGCCCGUUUAAAAAGUGAUAGCAGUGCAGUGAGUUCAGUGAAUAGAUCUGUAGUAUCAAAUGUACCAUUACACGCUAAUGCUGGAACGGUUUCUGGUGCCCCUCGUUGUGCUGAUACUUUAGAUAAUUUGCAACCUUCAAUAAAGCGAUUGAAGGUGGAGCAAUCUUUUCAACCUGUGGUCCCUGAGACUGAAAAUUGUAAACGCUCCAUUGUUUCUACUACAGAGGCAGAUUUACCUCAGGAUGCCGAGAGAAAGGAUCAUAAGCCAUUGAAGUCAGAGACCGUGGAAGUGAAAGCAGAAAUUCCUGAUGUUCCUUUUCAAACAGGAUUUGGCAUUAAAGAAGUGAAAAAUGAAGCUGUUGAUAAUGUUCCCAAACCUAGGCUUGUCAGUGAACAUGGUUUAUCUGGUGACUCGCCAAAGCAAGAAAACAUCAAAAUGGAGAAAAAGCCUGAGCCGAAGGAAGAAGAUCUGGUGGACAAUCCUGAACGUGCAUCGAAAUCUGGAAAACCAAAGAUAAAAGGUGUUUCCUUAACCGAAUUGUUCACUCCCGAACAAGUGAGAGAACAUAUUCGUGGUCUUCGUCAGUGGGUUGGCCAGGUUUGCAAUUUUUUUUUCGAAAAAUUUACAGAGAAGCAAAUUCAGCAAAUGCUUCACCCUCAGAAUAUAGGUACUGAUUCUAUCAACAGUUUUAGCAAUCUUGCUGUUGGAGUAAAAUCAGAAUCCAACCCACGAGGUCAGUGGCCUUCCCAGUCUCAGGAACACACGCAAAUGCCUAAUGCUAUCUCAAGUGAAAAGCACAUUCAGCAGGAUUUCCACCAAAGAAUUACCGGAUCUGAUGAAGCUCAACCUAAUAAUUUGACUGGAGGGUGUGUUAUUGGUCAAAAUCAUACUUCUAGUAUAUCAGAAUCCCCUAAUAUGCAAAAUUCUGUCGGUACGACAUGUACAUAUGGUAAAAUAAGUCGCGAUCCCAAGUUCCGAAAUCAACAGAGAUGGCUCCUGUUUCUACGUCAUGCACGGAGUUGCAAACCGCCAGGAGGGAAGUGCCAAGAUCGAAAUUGUGUAACGGUUCAGAAACUAUGGAGUCACAUGGACAAUUGUUCUGAACCAAAGUGUCCGUAUCCCCGUUGUCUUCACACAAAGGCAUUGAUUGGCCACUAUAAAAACUGCAAGGAUCCUCGAUGCCCGGUCUGUGUGCCUGUGAAGACCUAUCAGCAAGCUAAUGUGCAAGCCCUGGCCCGUUUAAAAAGUGAUAGCAGUGCAGUGAGUUCAGUGAAUAGAUCUGUAGUAUCAAAUGAUGCAUUACACGCUAAUGCUGGAACGGUUUCUGGUGCCCCUCGUUGUGCUGAUACUUUAGAUAAUUUGCAACCUUCAAUAAAGCGAUUGAAGGUGGAGCAAUCUUUUCAACCUGUGGUCCCUGAGACUGAAAAUUGUAAACGCUCCAUUGUUUCUACUACAGAGGCAGAUUUACCUCAGGAUGCCGAGAGAAAGGAUCAUAAGCCAUUGAAGUCAGAGACCGUGGAAGUGAAAGCAGAAAUUCCUGAUGUUCCUGUUCAAACAGGAUUUGACAUUAAAGAAGUGAAAAAUGAAGCUGUUGAUAAUGUUCCCAAACCUAGGCUUGUCAGUGAACAUGGUUUAUCUGGUGACUCGCCAAAAUAA